AUGAGGCAUUUUGACGACGAACUUUUACACCAAAUUGUGAAUACAAGUAGAUCUCUAACAAACUUUGUCGGCUCGAAUUCACGGCUGUGCAUCCAUUUAGACAAUUGUUCCUCCCGAGAGGUGCACAACGAAGACAUUUCUCUUCAACUAACCGGAAUAGUCGAGGCUGCCGAUUCCUUCGAAGAGGCUCCUUCGGUAUUGCAUUCAGCCGAUCGAAUGAACGCACCAUCCUACACUUUUCCCUCGACCGACCAGCUUCUUCACAGCCAGUUGGCUCGUGACGCCUGCCUUCUCAAUUGGUGUGGUGACAGUCUGGAGCAGGAAGAUUUACUUGACUACCAUAUUGAUGACUUGAUGCCCGACGGCUUGGAGGGCAGUACUAUCUUUGCGACAGCUGAGAACACAUGCGUCGAUGGUGUCCGGUGCACAAAUGCCCCGGAGACUGUGUACCGGCCAAGUAGGAUAAACAGCGGUUUCCAUCCUCUCCAGACAGAAGAAAUAGGAGAGAAGGCUUGCGCCAAUCCCAGAACAGAGAUCAGGCCU